AUCAAUCAUCAUCGAACCAAAUCAAUGAUCAAUCAUCGAUUGAUCAUCAAUUAACAACAACAUUAAAUAUUAAAGAAGAUAUUAUUAGUUUAUUACCAUAUAAUCAUCAAGUUGGUGGACAUACACAAAUAAUGUUAUUAAAUCAAUAUACCCUUUGUAAACCAUUAAUACCAAAAGAAUUGGAUUUUUAUCUAAACAUUCCCAGGCAAUUAUUUGAUUUUGUACCAAGAUAUAAAGGUGUUGUAAAAAUUUGUCAUAAUGAAAGUAUGUUACCAAUAUUAUAUCAUCCGAUAAGAAAUUUAUCAUCAUCAUCGAAUAAUAAUAAACAUCAAUCAAAUGAAAAUCAACAAAAACCAGAAUUACGUGUACGAUUAUCGAUUUGUAAUGAUGAUCAUCGUUUAUUGGAAUCAAUACGAAUCGAUCAUUUUGAACAACAACAACAACAACGUGGAUAUAGUUCUCGUCCAAAUCAAAAAUAUUUUAUGUUAUUAGAAAAUAUAACAUCCAAUUAUCAUCUACCAUGUAUAUUGGAUUUGAAAAUGGGUACCCGACAACAUAGUGAUGAUGCAUCGGAUGAAAAACGUCGCCGACAAAUGGCUAAAUGUGCAUCAACAACAUCCGCUACAUUAGGUAUUCGGAUUUGUGGUAUGCAAGUUUAUCAGAAAAAAUUAUCAUCAUCAACAACAUCGACAACAUCGAAAAAUCAAUAUAAAUUAUAUCAACGUGAUAAAUAUCAUGGUCGUCGUAUUAAAAAUGAAAAUGGUUUUCGUAAUGAACUUGAGAUUUAUUUCCAUAAUCGUACCUAUCUAAUUCGUCCAAUCAUAUCAAGAUUAAAACAAUUAAAAUUAAAAAUAAUUGAAACAUUACGACAAACAACAUUAAGAUUUUUUUCCACAUCAUUAUUAAUUGUAACGGAAGGUUGUUUGGAUGUUGUCAAUCGUCACAAUCACCGUCAUCAUCAUCAUCAUCAUUCGGAACGAAAACCACCGCAUCAUCAUCAUCAUCAUCGGAGAUUCUCCGAUGACGAAGAAGAAGAAGAAGAAGAAGAUGCUGAUUCAAAUUCAGAUGAUUCAGAUGAUGAACAAGAUAAUUAUUUCUAUCAAUAUGAUAAUUUUUAUACUGCCCAAAAUGAUAUAAUCGCCAAUAAUGACCAUGAUGACGAUGAUGAUGAUGAUGAUGAUGAAUGUACAUCAUCUAGUCUUGAUUCAAUGACUGAAGAAUCACCAUCAACAUCCACAUCAUUUAAUAAUGUUGAUAAUAAUAAAGAUAUUCUUUUUAAUUGUAAUCGUGAUCAUCCUCAUUAUUCUCGAUCAUCAUCUGCAACUACCUGCACAAACAACAUACCUGGAUUCGAUAUUCGUUUGAUUGAUUUUGCACAUACAUCAUUCAAUUAUCCAUCAUCAUCAACAUCAUCAUCAUCAUCACCGCCGCCAUCAACAUCAUCAUGUGAUUAUGGUUUUAUAUUAGGAAUUGAUAAUCUAAUUCGUUUAUUAAAUGAAAUAUUAUUCGAUGCAAUACGUGCACGUGUUUCAAUGAAUCACAAUCACCAUCAUCAGCAACAACGUUUAAAUAAACGUCGUCGUAGUAGUAAUGGACAGAAUUGGUUACAAUUUCCUCAUAUUUAUCCUACAAAUAAAAAAUUGAUAAAUUGUAAUUUUAAUAAUAAUAAUGAUAAUGAUGACUGUGAUGAUUAACACAUGAUUUGAACUUUGAACUUUGAUUUUUGAUUUGUCCCAUGGUAGCCCGAAUAAUUUAUUAACACU